AAAAUGUAUAAAUUUUACACAAGUAGUAUGGUGGUUGUGUAAAAACAGUAUAAAGUCCAAUGUCUGAAUCUCCACGAGCUCUUGGCUGUACAGUAAAUAAAACUUAAAUUAUGUUAUUAUAUUAUAAUUAUUAUAAUUGUUAGUUUUUCGAUGUGUGGGAAUGAUUGAUCAAACACAUUAACUGAGUGUACCUAGGAAUUUUAUUGAUUUGCAUUUCACUACAUUUUUCAGAGUCUCUAGGGGGGGUAGCUGCCCCCCCACCCUGGUGAUGUCCUUGAUCAAUGUGAUACAAAGUCAGUAAAGCUAUAUGAAAAGGAUUGAUUAUCUAUGUGAUGGUUGUAGCUAUUUUUAUUAAUCAUGGAUGAAAGCACUCUUCACAAAUCAAUUUUUAACACAGCCGCUGUGUGUGCACACAUGAAAAUGAUAGUGAGGGCCAUUCUUUUAUUCUGCUUCGAAUGAGCUAGUAUUUAUAAACUUCUAUGCGGACUGGUGCCGAUUCAGCAACAUGUUGAUGCCCAUCUAUGAUGAGGCAGCUGAAGAAGUUGCAAAGGACUUUCCAGAAGCUGGAAAAGUUGUUAUGGGAAAGGUGGACUGUGAAAAAGAAUCAUCAGUUGCCUCUAGGUUCCAUAUCACCAAGUAUCCCACCUUGAAGGUGAUAAGAAAUGGUCUACCAGUAAAAAAAGAGUACCGAGGGCAAAGAUCAGUGGAGGCUUUCAAAAAAUUUAUUAAGGAUCAGUUAGAGGAUCCUGUGAAGGAAUUCAAGCAGCUCAAAGAAUUGGGAGAGCUAGAAACUAACAAGAGAAUCAUUAUAGGUUAUUUUGAUCGACGAGAUCAGCCAGAAUACAGUAUUUUCCGACGUGUAGCUACAAAUAUGAAAGAUGAAUGUCAGUUUCACGUGGGAUUUGAAGAUGCUUCUAGGCAAAUGCAUCCUCCUGGACAACCUAUUGUGGUGUUCAGGCCAGAUAAAGAACGUUCCAACGACUUGGAUGAAACCUAUCCAGGAAGCUUGACGAGUUUUGACGAACUUCACAUCUGGGCAUCGCAAAAGUGCGUUCCUUUAGUCAGAGAAAUAACGUUCGAGAACGCUGAAGAGUUAACGGAGGAGGGGCUGCCGUUCCUGAUUUUGUUCCAUACGCCAGAAGAUAAGGCGAGUGUUAAGAGGUACAAUGAGAUUGUGCAAACGGAGCUGAUCAGCGAAAAACAAAACAUCAACUUCUUGACGGCUGACGGAGAGAAGUUUUCACAUCCCUUGCACCACUUAGGAAAAAGCUCCAAAGAUCUGCCUUUGAUCGCAAUCGACAGUUUCAGGCAUAUGUACAUGUUUCCCGAUUACAAGGACAUAGAAAACCCUGGCAAACUGAAAAGCUUCAUCCAAGACUUGUACUCUGGCAAGCUGCACAGGGAGUUCCAUUAUGGUCCAGCUUCCGGUUCACAGACUGAGGCCGAAAAACAACCUACGAAACCGCCAGAAAGUACUUUUAAGAAGUUGGCACCCUCGAAAAAUCGGUACACAUUAUUGAGGGAUGAGCUCUAAAAAGUAUUAUGCUAUUUGUGUAAUCUGUUACAUUGAUGAUGUAAAUGUUAUCACCAAGACCACUAAAAACAUAAAAGAAUGGUCAGCUUUGUCGGGUUAUCUGUAUUAUUGAAGACAAGAAGCAUCAUUGACAUUCGGUUUUGAAGAUUAUUUUUUCGAAAUGUUGCCCGUUUACGGGAUCAAUGUGGUCUAUUCUGAAUUUCCAAUUUCUAAUGACGCUUCCUACCGUUAUCGCGCCAUAAUGACGCCUGAAGCCAAGCCCAUAGUCUUCAGAAAGUUUCGUUCUAAUAAGACGGUGCGGCACUGCUUGUAGCACGAUUUGUGCCCAUAAAACCAUGGCUUUACUAUGACAAUUUGGCGAGCGUUUUUGUGCCGAUAAAUUUUCCGCCUAGAUCAUGUAAUGUCACACCAUUAACUUUUCCCAUUGCGGGUACGUCCAUGGCCGUUUCCUCCCCUAAGAAUCCGGGCAGACCUUAAAAUCUGCAAAUAUAGCAUGAUUUUUAUAGUAGUGGUCGAGGACUAUCGAUAGUCUGCACUAUCGAUAAUUUAUUAUCGAUUGUCAGUCCUUUGACCAUCGAUUAUUAUCGAUAAUAUACGAUAGUCAUAAUAAUUAGUAACUAAGCAGUUACAUAUUAAGUUAUUUUUGAAAUAAAUUAUGUUUUAUAGGAGAUCAUAGACGUAAAAAAACUAAAUCGACCUCUUUAAAUAACAUAUUUAUUCUUGAAUUUUAAAUUACUGCUGGUACAUGGAAUAGUUCUUAAUGUUUUUGUGUAGAAAUGUUAGCUUAUCUACAUUUGCCGGCUUUAGGCGAGAUCGUCGUUCAGUGAUUAUUUGACCUGUUGUGCUGAAACAUCUUUCUGAUUCCACUGAAGUUGCCGGGAUACACAAAUAUUUGGCAGCACACUCGUCUAACGGAGAUAAUCCAUGUCCUGCGAUCUAUAAUGAUAAAUUUGUCAUAUCAUAAUAACUUUUUUUUGUAAUUUACCUUCCAAUAUAAAAGAGGGUCCGUAUCCUGGUCAGAGUUUAUAGAUUCUAAAUACUGUCUUUUGGUGAUGAUCACGUCUGCAGUUAGACUUUAUCUUUAAAUCAAUCCUUUCUUGUAAAAAAGCAAAAAGUGCACACGAUGUGCCUGGUUUUUCUGUUACAGAUAUAUUUUGAUUUUGAUCCCCUAUUGUUUUUUCUGUUCUUCCUUUUUUUUCAGUAUGGAAAUCAUGUCAGAAUCUAACAAAUUUAUGGCUGCAGAGGCAUUCGCAGGAAUGCGGAAGCCUUCUUUUUUGAAUCUAGGGUCCAACAAUGAAGCUGAACUGAGUCAAUAAGCCCCUGAAUCUGAAUUUUCUUCCAUCGUCUGUCUAGAUAUUUGUUGAAGUUAUUUUUAAAUUAUUAUAGAGUCCCAUAGUAACUGGAAUUACUAAUGAUAUUGUUAAAUAUUUGGACCCUGCAAAAGUCCAAAAAAAUAAUAUAUGACAUAGUUGGUUGCUCAAGUAAUUUUGUUUAAUACCUGAUUUUUUUUGUUGCCUCCUCAUAAAUUUCUAAUACUUCUACUAACUCUGUUAAAACACAAUCAUCUACAGAAAGAGGUUGAGGUGCUUUUCUGACUUGUAGCAAUGUUCUACCAAUUGCUUCUUUGAUUUUCAAAAUACGCUCAAUCAUGUAGUAACUACUGUUCCAACGUGUGGGACACUCUUGUAUAAGCUUUAAAGGCUUUUCACUAUCUUGUUCUUUUUUAAAUAUGUACUUACUUUUUUUGGUUCGCUGCUUUUUUGCCAUCUCUUUGGAUAAAUUUCUCCAUGUUGCAAAAUGCAAUGCAAAUGCAAAAAUCUGUUGGCCGUUUUCUUGAAGUUGACGUUAAAGUUUUGACAGUUGACGUUGACAGCGUUGACACGUCAUUUGAUGUUUUUGACAAUACUGACAUAUUUCGGGUUUCCUAACUGCUCAUAAAGCUCGUGUAAAAGAAUAUUCUUAUUUAUUUUAACCGUACAUUAGAGAACCGAUUAGUUGUGAUGAAAAAAAUAAAACUUGAAUGUCUUUACUUUAUGGAAACUGGUAAAUAGUAAUAAAGACAUAAUUAUCGAAAACUAUCGAUGGUGUGAAAUGUAAUAUCGAUAGCAUUCGAUGCAGGAGCGGCUGGCCCUUAAGUUCUGCAGAACUGCCAAAACUUUUGUCUUAACAGAAAAAGGCAGUAGUAAUUUGAUCAUUAUUUAUUUUCCAUGUUAUCACACAAAUAGAAACAAUACCGGCAACGCUGUCCCCGCAAGACACGGCGUCGAGUCUGUUUUGUAUUGAGAAAGCAUUAUAACCGACCAAUUGUGUACUUUUCGUCGCGACCGCAGCUUAACAUUAUUCAUGGAAAACUUGAAAAGGGUCUGUGCACUACUUCGACACAAGCCGCACGCGCUUGCUUUUGUCUCUUUCUACAAAAUCAAAUGCGCGAUUCAAGCAUAAGCAUGUUCUUCGAAAUACUAUGACCCAGGAUCGCCUUACAGCAUUGUCGAUGCUGUCCAUUAAAAAGGAAUUUAUUUCGACCAUGGAAAAUUUCAACGGGAAGGUGAUUGACAAAUUUGCUGCCAAGAAGGAGCGCAGGAUCGAACUGACAUAUAAAAAAUAGGUAAGUUCGGAUUUGCAGAACACCUGUUUUAUUUUGCCACGAGCCGCCACUGAUUUGAUGGUAUUCACUAUCGAUAGGCUAUCGAUGGUUCUCGAUCACUAUUGUGUAGACCUUUGGUCAUUUUUAGGUGUCUUCCUUGAAAAAAUUUCCUUUUCUUCUCUCUACAAAAAGUUUUAGAAACACUGUCAUAGAAAGUUAUCUCUUGAAAAGAAAAAAUAGUGCUGGUCCCAUAGGUACGUCUAUAUAUAAGGCAGAGUAGGUUUGAGAAAAGGAAUCAACAUUACUCGAGUUAUUCACCAAAUAUCACUCAAAAUGGACCUACCCAUAAUCGAAUUGGAAUUCCAAAAGGACCACGUUAUCAGUCGCGAUGCCUCGGUAUUUAGGUUUCUGCCUGCGCGACCACUUCAGUAUAAAAAAUGACGUCAAGUAGAUUGCCUUGGUACAUUUUACGCAACGCCGUGAUCAGUUCAUAAAAGGAUAAGUCCAGCGCAAUUUAAAUCCUCUGAGAAAAAGUCAGUUACGAACGUGUACAACAGAGAAAUUAAUCGGAUCAAGUUAAUCAGAUAGGCCCAUACAAUUAGUCCAUAGACAUUCUUCCCCACAGCUACCGACAGUUACUGUCCAUCUGGCAACGUUGUCCCUUUCCUGGGCAACGCGGCAACACAUAUACUCCCUUUAAUAGGUUGUCAUCAGGGUUUUUAUAUUCAAAAUGUGAAUAUGUUUACUUAAUUUGAAGAUUUCCCAAAAUCUGUGUUUGUGAUCAUUCAAAUUUCGAAGCAGUAGAUUACCAUAAUGUACGUGCUAUAAACUUGGUGAUUUCAUGUACAGUUGCCGUCAAUAAUACCAAGAGUAUCAAUGAACAGGUUUACAAAAUGCCCCAGUACGUAUUUUGUACAUAAAAUUUGAAGUAUGUGAUAUGCCACCAUACCUUUUCUAAUAGUGCUUUUAACUGAGAUAUACAAUACGAGGGGGUCGUUUUCAUAUCACUAAGUACUUUGCUUUUAUAAUCUGGCUUCUAGCUUUACGAAUAAGUACUGUUCGGAAAUGAUUCAUUUCUCAAACAUUUCAGAGUGUCUUCUAAAAAUCACUUAGCUGAUAUGAAAACCACCGCGAAUAGCAUAAAAUGGUAUCUCAAAAUUUUUACCGAGGAAGAAUGGCGUAAUAUACCAUAUUUUAUUUAAAAAAAUGUAUUCGAAUCAAAACAAAACCGACACAUUUAUGUUCAAAAAGCGCUUCCUUCAUUUUUAAUGCAUUUAGUAGGACGCUUUUUUGAUGCAAACCUUUCCGUACUGAUAAAAGCAUAUUUUAUAACUCUGUCGCUACUUCUAAACCAGUGAUAUUUUUGCAUAGUUUUACUGUAAUUUGAUUUUUGUUGUAUAACUUUAUCUCAUGUUGAAUAUGUGGUCAGUGAACGUCAAUUUGCUUGAAAUUUGUUUUUAAAAUUGUUUGAUUAUAUACACUGAAAACCAAAUACCACUGAUGUCGUAAUGUGUACGAGGGAGAAGCGUGCAAUACGUGUGUUAGAAAGAGAUAGUAGCACCUCUUUGCUACCAAACCGAGUACGAUAUCACGGAUGCCAUCGGCGCACUCUUUCUAACUAACAUUUUGCACGCUUCUCGCGCUUCUCUGUCGUACACAUUACGACGUUAGCCAAAUUUGAACCACACCGUAUAAUAAUAGGAUAGAUAUUAAAAAAUGUAAUACAUAAAAUUUGAUAAUAGCAAAUGCGUGAAACUUAAUUUUUGCAAGAAUAAGUAUUUUACUUAAUAUUCUGUGAAUAUUGUAAAUUGCAUUGAUGUAAAUACUUAUAUUUUUUUUUUAAUAAACGAAUACCAUGAACUUUGUAAACA